GACCUUUUGAAGAACAUAUUGGGGUUUGAUGAUGCAUUCAACUACAAUGAAGAAUCGUACCUGAAUGAAGUCAUAAAGAGAAUGCUACCAAGUGUCUUAUCAGAGUUUUCCAGCAGAUUGGCCCAGAUUCAACUGCAUUGUAUGUUCUGCCAAAACUAAAGGAGUUAUUCGACGAGUUUGCUUUUUCUCAGAAGAACACAUAUUCUGUUAAUUUGACUGGGAACAUGUCAGGGUCUAAAGUGAAAGUGGGUGAGGAAGAUUGCAUUGAAAACCGAAUGGACUUGGUGUUACUUUUAUAUCCUCAAUUUGCUUCUCUACUUGGAAUAGAGAGACUCCGCCAGUGCUGUGCUACAUGGUUGCUCAUUGAGCAGUUCCUUUUACGACAUCAUAAUUGGAGGUGGGAAUGUGCAGGGGAUUCCUAUCGAAGUGUUCCAGAUAUCCCAAGUGGUAGAAGACUCUCUCAGAAGGGCUCAGCAUCUGAAAAUAAAUCUGCUAAACUCUUACUCAAUGGGGUUGGAUGGUCAAGACCACAAUCACAUGGUAAAAAGAGUACCAAAACCAUCACACCGAGUAAAAGUAUGUAUGAGUUGUACCAGAAUCCGGCUGAGAGGAUUGGAACAACUUCAAGUUUAGGAGUGCAGGAACCUUGGUAUUGGUUUCCUAGUCCUGCAUCUAAUUGGAAUGGGCUUGAUUUUGCAACUCGUGCUGGAGGUCUGAAGGUUGAACUUCCAUGGAAAAUCAGAGCAUCUAUCGUACAAUCUGUUCGUGCACAUCAUGGAGCUCUGAGAUCUUUUGUUGUUUGUCAGAAUGAGUAUAAUGUUUUCACAGCAGGAGUUGGGCCAGGAUUCAAGGGAAAUAUUCAGAAGUGGGAUUUGUCAAGGGUGGACUACAUGUCAAGCUAUAAUGGUCAUGAUGAGGUUGUAAAUGACAUUUUUGAUUUGGCAUCCUCUGGACGUGUAGCUUCUUGUGAUGGAAUAGUGCAUAUAUGGAAUGGACAGACUGGAAGACUGAUUUCCAUGUUCUCUGAACGGUCUUUGGCAUCCUCGACACAAUUGGCAGAAACAUAUGAAGAUAACAUGCUUCAUUUUAAUCCAUUACCAAGUGGAAUGCUAAGUAGUGCUUUUCACGUGAAUUCUUACACUACUAUGGACUUUCUGGGGUUCUGUGAUAGACUUAUUGUGGGUACUGGAAAUGGAUCUCUAAGGUCAGAAACUUCAUCUAUGGAGAAGUGA